AUGGCAGAUGAAAAUACUGUAUUUUGUGCAACCGCCAGCACUUCUACCGUCGGACAAGUAGACAAUCGUAACACAGUGGACUCCGGUCGUGGCGGCGGAUCGAAGAGGGCGUGUGAAAGCGAUCAGCCGGUGUCCAAGCGAGUCAAAACCGAUCGAAGCGAUACUGCCACGUCAUCUGAUUUGCGGCCACAAGAAGUCAACGAUGUCAUCUACCAGAUAUAUAUGGCCGAGGACAACAGUUCGAUCAUCGCCUACAAUGAAAAUGGCAACUUGAUUUAUUUUGUAAAAUGUGCCGAUGAAGAAAAGGCUGAUCAAAGCCAUGAAAAUGCUGUAUUUGAUGCACCUGCCAGCACUUCGAGCGCCGGACAAGUAGACAACCGUUGCACAGUGGACUCCGGUCGUGGACGCGGAUCGAAGAGGUCAUGUGAAGGCGAUCAGCCGGCGUCCAAGCGAGUCAGGUACAUAUUUAGGGACGACCGGGUCCCUUCGACCAGUUGGGAGGCGACCUUUACGGAAUCAACCGAUCACAGAAUUAAUGAAGACGAUAGUGACGAUGACGAAAAGUAUAUUCAGUACCUGCGCUGAUAAACUACGUUUAAAAAUAAUUUCACCUAAACUACAUUGUUGUUUAUGUAAUGAAUUCUGUUUAAUGUUUAUAAUGUACCUAAUGUAUUCUUUGUUUUGAUAUGUAUUAUUUCUUCUAUCUUUCCAUACAAUAUGUGUUGAUGUGUAUU